AUGAGAGCGGCCUCUUGGCGGCGGUCAGGAGUCGGGGCGGCGGUCGCGAAAGGCGUCCUCCACGGCGACGGCGACGAGCAGGUGCCAGAAGCGGGGGUCUCUGAAGUUGUCCCAGAGGACGAAGCGGUCGAAGUCUGCGAGCUCCCAGAAGCGGUCGUCGGCCAUGCGGACGGGCUUCUGCAGGGCGAGCAGCAGCGGGCGCUUGGCGCGCACGAAGGCGUCCAGCGUGUCGUCCGGGAUGUGCGUGAGCAGCUCGCGCUUGCGCUCGGCGUAGCGGCGCGACGCGCCCUGCGCGUGCUGCGCGACCACGAUGGACGCCGCCAGCGACGACUGCGCCGGCGUCAGCGAGGGAGGCGCGCGGGGGGGUUGCAUGGCGGAUGGGCGCGUCGAGGGGUCCGGAGGGGGGGGAAGGUGGCUUAA